GGGGAAAUAUAUAUAGAAUCAAUGGGGAUCUCAAUAACAGUAGUAGUGGCCACAUGACCGCCAUCAUGCUUCACAAAGCAGCGUUCAACGAUUCGUCUCUGGUUCGACAUGAGCUCGGAAACUUCAACCACACCUCCUCCGGAAAAGAGGCCUUCAGACAUGGCCGUUGACGGUGGUCAAGAUCACACCCUCAAGGUUCGACCUUGGAGACGGAAAGUAAACAUAACCCCAUUCAGCAGGAUCGCAUCGCAAGAAUACCCGGGUCAGGGCACGGAAGCCGAUCCGUAUUUGAUAGAUUGGCUUAAUGACGAUGCGGAGAAUCCAAUGACAUGGGCUACCCCUUACAAAUGGGUGAUCACCUUGACGGCGGCGAUUGCGACUCUAGCCGUGUCCAUGGCUAGCAGCACACUCCCUGGAUACAAGACGCAAGCUUACACCAUGGUGACUUCGGGCUUCGUUCUGGGUUUCGUUGUGGGACCUUUGAUGUGGGCUCCUUGCAGCGAGCUUUACGGCCGCCGUAACCUGUUCAUCUUCACCUACAUCCUGUUUACCAUCUUCAAUGGGGGAGUCAUCGCAUCGCAAAACAUUUGGACGCUCAUCAUCCUCAGAUUCUUCUGUGGUACUGCGGGAAGCUCUCCUCUUACGAAUGCGGGAGGGACCGUGGCAGAUAUGUUCAAUGCAUCGCAACGUGGCCUUGGAAUGGCUGUCUUUGCGUCGGCUCCCUUUCUUGGACCUGGUGUCGGCCCUAUCAUCGGAGGCUUCCUCGGCGAGACGGGAGGUUGGAGAUGGGUUGCCGCUUUAAUCGCUAUGUUCAGCGGCUGUCUCACCGUCGUCGGUUUCUUCAUCACUCCCGAGACGUACGCACCCUUGCUGCUCAAUCGGCGGGCUGCCCUACUUAGCAAGGUGACCGGGAAUGUCUACCGUUACAAGGGCGCUCCUAAGAAGGUGGAACCGAAGCAGUUGUUCAAGAACGCGUUGUCGAAACCCUGGGUCCUGUUGUUUCGGGAGCCUAUCGUCUUUUUGCUUUCGCUCUAUCUUGCCAUCGUUUACGGAACCCUCUACAUGCUCUUCGGUGCUUUCCCAAUCGUUUUCCAACAAGAAAGGGGGUGGUCUCCUGGCAUUGGUGGCCUCUCGUUUCUCGGGAUCCUUGUUGGUUUCUUCCUCGCUCUGGUAUGGACAAUCUUCAUCGAGAAUCCGAGGUACAGCAGGAGGAACGAUGCCGAAGGGUGGUUACCGCCAGAGCAGCGUCUAGUGCCUGCGCUCAUCGGGGGAUUGCUGUUGCCCAUUGGGCUGUUCUCAUUCGCAUGGACUGCCUCACCAAAGUCUAUUCACUGGAUCGCACCGAUCAUAUGCUCGGCGCCGUUCGGGAUGGGCAUGGUCAUGGUCUUCUUGCCCAUUCUCAACUACUUGGUCGAUUCCUACCUGCUGUAUGCGGCCUCGGUUUUGGCAGCGAAUUCAAUCAUCCGAUCUUUGUUCGGGACGGUAUUUCCUCUGUUCGUUACGAACAUGUAUGCGAACCUGGGGGUCAACUGGGCGGGCACGCUAGUCGCCUUUUUGGCUCUGGCUUGUGCGCCUAUGCCAUUCAUCUUCUUCAAAUUCGGUCGCACCAUCAGGCUCAAAUCGCCUUAUAGCCGAGAAGCCGAUGCGAUGGGACAAAAGAUGCGUGAAAGGGCGUUGCAGAGCCGCGCAGAGCAGAAGGCAUAGCAAGCGGACCGAGUGGAUAUACGUCAAAACCGAUAGAUGUGCCAUCUAGAUCUUGAGAUCUUCGAUCUGUAUGAUAUAUGAAUCUUAUGAUGUACGAGUAGCGAGUAGUGGUACUAG